AAGACAAUGGCCAAUCAUUCGGAAACAUUCAACGUUAUACUAGUUGGAUUUCCUGGACUCCAAGAAAAGUUCCACAUUUUGGUGUCUGUUUUACUGUUUGUGGUAUACGUUGCAUCAUUGGCGGCCAACGGCACUGUGGUGUGCUUGAUAAUCGUGAAAGAGCAUCUACACCACCCUAUGUAUCUGACCAUCGCCAACCUAGCAGCUUCCGAUCUGUUAUUUGAUACGUUAACGUUACCCAAAAUUAUUGCCCGAUAUUGGUUUGGAAGCGUGUCUAUGUCCUUCUCCGAAUGUUUGUUCCAGAUGUUCAGCGUCCAUCACCUGGGCAGCAUGGACUCCUUCAUCAUGAUGUUGAUGGCCAUUGAUCGUUACGUUGCUAUUUGUAAACCUCUACAAUACCCCUCCAUAAUCACCAACAAACUAACUGGCAUGUCUUGUAUCAUCGGCUGGGUCAUACUAACUACACCAUCGAUGGUGCCUGUUAUUCUAAACUCCCAAAUCUCUUACUGUGGUCGUAAUAAAAUUAACGGUUGUUUCUGCACCAACAUAGCUAUCACUUUAUUGUCAUGUAAGGACAUUACGCCCACCAAGCAGCUGGCCUUUGGUCUUGCCAUGGUUGUCCUCCUGGUCCCCCUAUUUAUUAUUAUAAUGUCUUACGUCAUCAUUAUCAAGACGAUUCGGGCAAAUCACUCUGAAAAUUGGCAGAAGGCAUUUUAUACUUGUGCCACGCACCUGAUCGUGAUUGUGCUUUACUAUACCCCUCGGGUGUUUAUUUACACAGCCAAUCAAGUCCAGUUAAUCCUUGACCCUGACCUCAAUGUAGUUAUCCUGUGUCUCUAUACAUUUAUCCCACAUAUAGCCAACCCUGUCAUAUACUGUCUCCGAAACAAAGACAUCAAACGUAUACUUGGAAAGCGCCUGACAAGACACAUACAUGUCGACAUUAAAGACCUAAGCGUAAUAACCAAAUCAUGA